AUGGGUGGAAAUUCUAACGGAUUCGGCGAAAUUAAUUACGUCAGGAAACCCCGACACAACUUCGGCCGUGUUAUAAGCUUCGAAGAUCCCACUCCCGAGGCUCCUCAUCCACAAGCGGUGGAACGAUUAAUGGCGCAUUAUCCAGAUCAACACAAAGUAUUGUUCGAGCUUGAUAAGCUGUUUAAAGGUCGUCCGAUCUGGCUUCGAAACGCAAUUGCCAAAAGUGUCACUACAAAUCUUCGAUCGGCUCUCUACAAAGGUGCUAUCAUAUGCUUCGCCUAUUACAUGGUACGGGGACCUUGGAGUCGCAGUUGGAUUCGAUAUGGCUACGACCCUCGCACCGACCCAGAGGCGCGUUUUUAUCAGGUGAUCGAUUUCCGCAUCAAAUCACACGUUCUUAUUCGUCAAAUAUUGGAGCGAAACAUCCGAUAUUCUUCGAUGUCUUCGAACAAAACCAGACGUGGAAGACUGAACUGGCGGAGGCCAGAUGGAAGUCUUCACUGGUUGAGUGAUGCUCCCCAAACACAGACGAAGAAUCAGUCAUCGACUUCUCUAAAGUCGGACGCCGAGGUCGAUAUGGAGGGUGACCUGGAGAUGGAUUACGCCAACGAAAUGGCCGAAGAUGCUGUUGACGUAGAGUCGGGUAGUUUGCAUGUUGGCUACAGCUUUUCACGUGACCAUCUACCAACGGCCCAGCAAAUGCUGAUCUGCUUAUCAGAUAUUGAUAUCCCGGAGGUACAGGCCAUCGUGGCAGAAAAGCCGGAACGCACCCCCACCUGUCCAAUGAAUUCUUCUGUCUCACCAAAAACUAAUGACGCAAACUCGUGCUGCUCGAGUGAACUCACAGAUCUGAUUCUUUGUCCAUAUACUUCGGCUUGUGUUAACCGGCGUUCGGGCUGUACUCAUGCGGUCUCCAUUGAUGCACACCAUAAAGUUUCUGGAAAUCUACUAGCCUUUGGAGCAAGUCAUGCAAUUUGUCUUGCACGAACUAUUGAAGCCGGCCGAAGAGAAUGUGACGAUGGCUUUCGUAUACUCCGUAUGUUACUUGGCCACAACAGCCCCGUCACUUGCCUGCGAUGGAUGACCCACGUUUCGAAAGACUUCCCCGUCCCCUACCUGGUUCUGGCAUCUGCCGAUAAUACAGGCAAUAUAAAAAUUUGGGCUUGUAAAAAAGAAUCCGUCAUCACUGAGCCUUGGUGCAGUGCUGCUGGCGAUUGGUCCCUUAUACUUGAGGUGUCAUUACCUGGAAGUCUUUCCGCCAAUGCUUUGGACGGUUUGAUUGCGCAUUCCUCUUCGUGCACUGAAGGCUACCAAGGCAUAGAUGAUGUUUUGAUCUUAGACGUUGCAGCCGAUACAUCGAUGUAUACGUGGCACAUCGGACUACACAGAACUCAGGAAAUCAGUCCUGUUGUCUUAUCACAUCGUGCCACCAACCGGUUUCCGUCCAUGUGUCUCUGUCUUCGAACGUGUCUGUGGAUGCAUCCAUCUGUGAAGCCUAUUCAUUUUGUAUUUGUUGGUCUUGACAGUGGAAAAACAGAAAUCUACUCUGAAUAUCUCACUGAGACCCAAAAGGAAACCUUCGAUCAGUUAACUUGUUCCGCUGUUCUUUCUGGGCACACUGAUUGGGUUCGGUGUUUGGACGCCACACAAAACAGCUUUGAAUGUACAACAUCUCUGUAUUUGGCUACUGGCAGUCAGGAUAAUGUCAUCCGAUUAUGGAAUAUUUUCCAAAGCUCACCAGUUAUUGAUAUUUCAAAGCACUCGUCCGGAGCAAAGAUUUGUGAUCUAAAUCUCCCUUCGGAGGGCAAACCAGCGGAAUUUACUCUUUCUAUCGCCUCGGAAAGUGUAUUAUCUGGCCAUGACAACUGGGUAACAGGGGUAGCCUGGUCUCCCGAAGACAGUCGUUUCCCUCCGCCACUUCUUUCUUCAAGCAUGGAUAAGUCGUUGAUUGUUUGGUCUCCACCGCAAUCAACCGGUGGAAACGUUCAUAUAUGGCUUGAAGGGGCUCGACUUGGUAACUUGGGAGGAGCGGGCAUGGGUUUUAUGGAUGGAUUCUGGCUCUUGUCUGAUCCGAGCACCAUAUGUGCACAAAACUUCCAGGGCAGUCUUUCUGUGUGGCACUUUUCUGCUGAUAAGUCCUUUUGGUCUCCUGGGCUCCCGAUUUGUGGUCAUUCUGGAUCGGUGACCGAUAUAGCUUGGUCCAAGAAAAAGGUCAGCGACAAGUGUUUAAUUGAAAAGAACCGCUCAGUUACGCCCACCUAUCUGCUGACAACUGGCAGUGAUCAAACGGUUCGAGUUCAUACUCCACGAAGGCUGUCAGUCGCCACCGGUGACGUUUCUCAGCUGACUGGGGAUAAGGCGAAAGAAGGUUGGGUAUGGCAUGAAUUAGCCAGACCACAGGUACACGGCUACGAUAUGAAUGCGAUUUGCAGUCUAUCUACCAUCGGUUACGUGUCAGCCGGAGACGAGAAGGUGGCGCGCGUAUUCACUGCAACACGCGCAUUUGUCGAAUCCUAUCAAGACGCUAUCGGUCUUGAAGGCUACUCACUCGCAGAUUGUUACAUUUCGGAGCAACCAGUAGAAGCCCUGGCUGAAGGUGCCAUACAGCCAACCCUUGGUCUGUCAAACCAGAUGACCGGUUCGGAAUCUGGUUCCGUUAGUUUCAACGGAGCUGAAGUUGAUAGCACGAUUCCUACUGAACAUGGGGACGCACCGUUACACAUUGGUGCUAUUUCAAUUCCAACCGAGGAUCGCUUGCAACAUGCGACCUUGUGGCCAGAAACAAAGAAACUCUACGGACACCCAUAUGAGGUUUACUCGCUAGCUGCACAUCCCAAUCGUCGGUUGGUUGCAUCCGCUUGCGUGGCCAGCAAACAAAUCCACGCCUACAUUAUCUUAUGGAACGGAAUGUCCGAUUGGACUAUCCAUCAGCGUCUUGUUCAUCACCAGCUGACAGUUACUCAAAUGGCCUGGAGCCUUGAUGGACGACACCUGCUAGCCGUAUCUAGAGAUCGCACAUGGAGCGUGUGGUCCUGUGAUGGUACGCCAGUUACUGACGCUGCCUUACCCAACUAUUGUUUAACGGCGUACCCUCAAAAGGGACAUGGGCAUUCACGGAUCAUCUGGACUUGUGCGUGGAGCCCUGAUAAUGACUAUUUCGUCUCCGGUUCACGAGAUCAAACCAUCCUCGUGUGGCCAACACCGGAUGCGUCUUCAUCUAUUGAGCCAGCUCCAAAAGCCCAACGUCCGCUGAUAGCACCCAAGUUGUUUGCUGCAGCAGUCACUGCUCUGGAUAUAUGCCGACUUUCGGAUCACCAUACAUCCUCUGACCGACACUCACACCUUGUGGCUGUUGGUUUAGAAACUGGUAGCUUACUUCUCCUCACUCUUUCCAGCAACCGGUUUUCCCAGGUUUCCGGUUCCAAUCUCCCAGAAUGGUCCGCCUUGAUACAAAUCCCUGCAUUUUGGUCACAUGUUUCCGGUUCUAAUCUCCCAGAAUGGUCCGCCUUGAUACAAAUCCCUAAAUUUUGGUCACAUGUCCCGGGCAAGCACAUCAGACGUGUCGCGUUCGAGCCUUCUUCCAAUUCAUUCGCUGGAGAAAGUGAAUCCAAUUCGAUACUUUUUGCCAGUGGAGCUGACGAUGGAAUAGUACAUAUAUUUGAAAUUGAUGGGGACAAGCUAAUCAUGCGGAUUUCACAAAGUUCUCCACAGCAAUCCAAUCCACAGUCUGUAUAA